AUGGCCCUGCAAGAAGGAGCCGCUGCGCAGAUCGUGGCGAGUAUCGGCGCGGCUUUGGUUUCAUGGCUCUUCAGUUUCGAGAUGCUCCCCCCUCUGUUACAGCCGACUGAAGACGACACCUACUUUCAUUGCAUCUGGACGAAACCCGUCGGGCUGGUUCUGUCCUGCGCGGUGCUCUUCUUCUCGCGCUGCUCGGACCCCGUCUUCCUUGACGUGAUAUGCAUCGAUCAGCAGGACCAGGCGGAGAAAGCAAAAGGGAUCCUGAGCAUCGGUGCUUUCCUGAAGAGCUCCGACUCCAUGCUGGUUCUUUGGGAUGCAACUUUCUGCGAUCGACUGUGGUGCAUGUUCGAGAUUGCGGCUUUUGCCAGAAGCCGCGCAGAGGGUGAGAAGCCUAAGCUCCUGAUUCGCCCCACAGAGCUGACCAUCUGUCACAUCUCCCAAGCCGUCACCGUCUUGCUUGUGACGAUCGUUAGUGAUUUCGUGCCAUUGAGCGGAGACGAGGGCUUCAUGUGGGCCUUUCAAGCCGUGAAUGCGCUGAUUUUCGGAGCAACCUUCUAUGCCAACAUGGCGAUAUACAGGGACUGCUUUCGUUGCAUGGAGGCUGAUGGAGACAAACUGGCCAGGUUUUCUCUGGAUAUGGUCAAGAGCUCUUGCUGCGACGACAACCAUCAACGAAGCUGUGGACUAUGCGACCGCCAAAUUACCAACAAGUGUAUCACCAGCUGGUGGGGAACCCGUGAGCAGUUCGAGGAAUACGUGCAGACGGAGGUGCGCACGCUGCUGCUACGGGAGCAUGCGAAACAGUUCUUCACCUACCGUCAAGCCGUUUCAGCCAUGGUCCCGGUCCUUUGGCUAUUCCUAAGCAAAGCCGCUGCCUGGUACAGGUUCACCACGUUUGACCCGAUUAUGGAGGCCAGCCGAGAAGUUAUCAGGGCCGUGGCAUGGUGGUUGGGGGUUGCCCCCAUGGCACUGCUAAUUGGAACAAGGCUGUGUUACGUCUUCCGGCGCAAAUGCAGCUGGGCUUCCGCUGACUUUCUUCUCAAUCUGCCGCCGCUGCUGGGCAGUGUCAUGGUGGUUGUUGCAUCACAGCAGCUUGAGCAUCUGUGCUCCAUCAUCGACUUCCCUAUGAAGCCUGAAGAACAUGGACUGGUACCCAACGUGCUCGUGUUUGCCGCACUUGUGCUGCCUGCGACCGCCGGGCUUUUUGCUUGUUUGGGUGCCAAUCUGAAGCAGCAGCCGCGAGCUAAAGCUAUGCCAGCUUGCUGA